AUGUUGCUGGAUCUCCCGCCGGAGAUUCUGGAGCUGAUUCUCCUGGCCUUGCCCCCGGACAGCUUUGCCAUCAUCCUUAUGACCUCCAAAGCCCUACGGGCCGCAAUCCUUGCGACUCCAAAGAUUCUGCGAUGCCAGCUGCUCAAACUUCCUGGCUUACGUCCAUCUGACCAAGCAACCAUUAGCGAACUGCUACGUACAUUCAAUCGGAGAGCCGCCCUGAACGCGUCUAACGGUCUCCAAGCAUAUGCCGAUGUCAUCGUUAACAAGCCGUCGGUUGCCGAGUCUCACGAAUUGUGGACUCGACCGAAGUUUAAUUGGAUCCAAAGAUGCUGCGUCGACGGUUGCUAUAGGGGUGUGCUAGCCACCGCAGCGGACUACUGCGGGACGAUACAUGUUUAUCGCAUUCGCAAAGGGAGAAUAAUUCCCUUGUACAAGCUGGAUCCUCGAAAUCUCGGAUUGGACGAAGAUGACUCCCCCUAUAUUCGCUAUCGGUGCGUUGCGAUGCGGUGGCAGCGCUGCCACAACACCCAUUUGGAUCAUCUCGUCGCUCUCUUCGGCUACAGCGUAGAGAGCGCCGCGCACGGAACAAAGGGUUCGUACAUAAGCAAGUUUGUAACGGAGGCAGUGGAGAAGGCUCAGUGCACCUACCAUCUUUGUGGUUGGAAACUUUGCAAAGACACGACCAAACCAGCAUUUAGCCGCGAGGUCCAGGCUCCUCCGGACUAUGAGCCCAUCAUAAUCGCAACGACCGAGGAUUUUUCUGCCGACUACACAUGCUAUCCCGUCGCAGUCAUCUUCCGGAAGAUUUUAGUGCCAAUAAACAUAUAUAAGCUCUCUAUAUAUCAGGUUACAGAUACGAGAACAGUCCACGUCCCCGUUAUAGCCUCGGAGCAAGAUGCCGUGGCCGGCCAUUACUUCUCUGAACCAAUCACAAGAGCACGCUUUACAUCGGGAAGACAUCCCGAACUUUGGAUCUUUGGGUCCGAUACAGCUCCUUUGGAUAUAGUGACUGAUUGUGUAAGCGAGGGCGUCUUAUCUCUAAGAUUUUCGUACUCCUCAGGCAGACCUCGCCCGCGUAACAUUCUCUUCACAUCUACAACCAACCCAACAAGCUUUAAAGGGCUGCCCAUCAAGUCUCAUCAUGCCCAUGAAUGUGGAAAAUACGAAAACGGAAGUACGUAUUGCGUUCAAACGAUCUUGGAGUUGGUCAUUACCAGAGGCAAACAAAGCGGAGCCUUUCUCGUCAAGUAUGCUGAAGAGCAAGAUUUUUGCUCGCCGUAUAACAUCAACGUCGAGCUACCAGCAAUGGAGUUCACGGUCGUUGCCAUGCUGCUUGGCUUGAAGGUCCCGUCGUCCUCCGAGAUGAAGCACAUCAUCGCGCUCUCGCCCGAUCAGGAGUGGGUUGCCAUCGCAGACUGGGAUAAGGUCAAAAUAUGGGGGCUUCACACCGAUGCAUUCUUCAAGCAGGAACAUGGAUCUCUUCCGCCCUUGUUAACAACGCACUCUUCCUUCGACUUCUCACGCACGUGGGAAGGAAAGCAAAACAAGGCAUUGCGACACGAAUUCGGUGCGCUUGACGACAAAGCCUACACGACGAACUGCGCUCAAGGUUAUUUUCAUGAUCACAUUCGUAUCAAGGGAAAGGAAAGAAAACGGAUCGUGGGUAUUCGGCCGAUAGAAUUGCCUUCGAGAGGCGUGGUUUUUAGUUUGGCUUUCGCAAACAAGAACAUCCUAUGGGCCUGGACAGAUCGGGGCCUGGUUAAGUGGGCUUGGAAUAAGAGAAGGCAAGGGCUCAGGGAGGAAGUGAUUUUACAACAGCUGUAGGGGAACUUGUGAUGGCACGUCUUGGUUUUGAAUAAAACGGCAAAGUUCACUCAUGAUCGAUCAAAUGACGAAGGGAAACGUGGCGCUGUCCCAUGAUGAAAGCAAAAUAAGCUAACAACGGCAAGAACCGCGCACUUAUUUGAGAUUUUAGAGCGCACUUAAGCUGAGUAUGUAAGCGCCGCCGACGAUGCAUUACCUUACUCACCAGACCUUUUACUAGGCAUUAGCUGAAAUCCACCAGUUUAGCAAUACAGUAAUGAAGAGG